CAAAUGCUCUGUUACUGAAUAUCGCUCACGGGCAACUUUUUCUAAUUGAUUAUUCUGUCGCAUUUUCGUGCGACCAGACUGGUCUCGAUAUAUAUAUAUUUUUCUUAGUGUACCAGUUUUUUUAUUACUCAUCGAUUGCUGUUACUAUUGCCACAAAACAUAGAAAAUUUGGCGGCAAAAACUUAAGGGUUGACAGUUGUCAAAAAGUUAAAACUGUUGUGACCGUUAUCACGUGUCUUCUCACGCUGUUGGCAAGGAAUCUUCUUGCCUUCGCCGGCUAAUUUUUGGAAUACUGCACAGUUUUGAGAAAUCUGUUGAUGAUUAUUUCUGAAUAAACAGAGGAUAUUUUGGUGUUUAUUUACUUUGCAGCUGCCCCAUUUGUUGGUUUUAGGUAUCCGAAGGAAGGCCGAUUUGGGAGCUGUUAUCGGUACCCUUAUAGUCCUCCUCCUCCUCCUAUCCCAUAUGAUGACGGGAUUGUUCCGCUGACCCUCAGCUCCUUGCGUCUAGUAGUUAUGCUGUUUCUAUUUAAGAAGUUCUGCGAUUCUUGAUUAUUGAUGAAAAUGAAUAUGAUGAUGGAAGAAGUUGUGGGGCGUUUGCUGACCAAGACUGGGACGAUGUCAUCGUCCAUGACCAGUUUUCCGGGGCGCACGUGGGACAUCCACCGCCCCCUGCCUUCACCCCCGCAGAUGGGCGAGACAAAAGCCUAUAAUCUGAAAAUGCUGCGGGAUCCCAGUCCGGCGGGGGGCGCCUUAGCAGGUCAGGCCAGCCCUCCAGCUCUCAGCCCCAACUUACCCAGCAUAGUGAAGAUGGAGCCACGACUACCCAGCCCCUGCAACGGCGACACAUUCUCACCUAACAAGCGGGCGAAGUUGGAAGAUGGCACGUGGAUCCCUUCUCCCUCCCAGAUGUCCAUCGACUCAUCCGUGUCACCGCCCCCACUCGUCAAUGGUCAUUCUCCCACCUCCAGCUACGACGCCUACAGCUCAUCCAAAGACAAAGAUGAACUCAGUCCCCCUAACAGUGUUAUGAAUGGCUGUUACGACUAUGACAAGAAAAAGAAAGGUCCCACUCCCAGGCAACAGGAAGAACUGUGCCUCGUUUGCGGAGACAGAGCUUCGGGCUACCACUACAAUGCCCUCACCUGCGAAGGGUGCAAAGGUUUCUUCCGGCGGAGCAUUACCAAGAAUGCAGUGUACCAGUGCAAAUAUGGCAAUAACUGUGAGAUUGAUAUGUACAUGAGGAGAAAAUGCCAAGAGUGCCGGCUCAAGAAAUGCCUCAGCGUUGGGAUGAGGCCGGAAUGUGUUGUCCCCGAAUACCAAUGUGCCAUUAAACGUGAAACCAAGAAAGCCCAGAAAGACAAAGACAAGCCGAACAGUACGACCCGCGACAGCGGUUCCGACAAAGAGGACAAGUCCAUGGGCAGCCCGUCCAACGGCUGCCAGCUGAAGCUCCUCAACAAGGGGCAGGAGGAGCUCAUCAGCAAGCUAGUCGUCUUCCAGGAGGAGUACGAAUCGCCCUCUGAGGAAGACUUCAAAAAAAUUACGGCCUUUCCUUUGGGUGACAGCGAAGAAGACUGUAUGAAGCGAUUCCAGCACAUAACUGAAAUUACCAUUUUGACCGUCCAACUCAUUGUUGAAUUCUCCAAGAGAGUUCCUGGUUUUGACACUAUUUCUCGAGAAGACCAGAUUACAUUAUUAAAAGCAUGUUCCAGCGAAGUGAUGAUGUUGAGGACAGCAAGAAAAUAUGACAUGAAGACAGAUUCCAUAGUUUUCGCAAAUAACCAGCCAUACACAAGAGAGAACUAUCGCAGUGCCUGCAUGGGAGACUCUGCGGACUCUAUUUUUCAUUUUUGUCGAACUAUGUGCAUUCUGAAAGUUGAUAAUGCGGAAUAUGCUCUACUAACAGCCAUCGUUAUUUUCUCCGAGCGGCCAUGCCUGCUUGAGCCAAAGAAAGUGGAGAAGAUCCAAGAAUUCUACAUAGAAACCCUCAGGUCCUACAUUGCCACCAACCGACCUCCAGGCAAAAAUUACUUUGCCAGGCUGCUCUCCACACUGGUCGAACUGCGCACCCUCGGCAACAUGAACUCCGAGCUGUGCUUUUCCCUCAAGGUCCAGAACAAAAAGCUUCCCCCCUUCCUCGAAGAGAUCUGGGACAUUCAGCAGUAAUACGACUCCCACGAGCGUCCAACCAUUCCAUUUUUUUUACAGUACCUGCAGCUCUUGGUGUGCCCAAAGAGGACUUUCUCCUCUGUCGCAUGCAAGUUUUAAUUUAAUUCAGUAGUUUAAAAGAGAAAAAUAAAAAGUGAACUAUUUUGGGUUGUGAUUAGCCGCCGCCGGCACGUUUCGAAGGAAGAAACGCACAAAAACGUUCGAAGAAUAAUUCUGUGGCCUCGGUGUUUCUCCAAGCAGGUUCAGUUGACCGACGCCUUCCUCUGGGAGACUGCAAUGCGAAGCUCUGAGAGUCGGACUCCCUUUUUGACUCACUCUGUGUGUGUGCAGCAAGGAUUCAUUCAUUCUGGGGCGGGAUUCAUGGUUUAUCAGUUCUUUACACAAUCGGGUUCGAGAACGAAUCCACCUUCCCUUGUAAUCGUGUUUGUAUAUGGUACCUCUCUCAUGUUAACGUUCUUCAGUCUUUGUUGUUGUUACAUUCAUUCACCAUCUUACCUUGUACGAUACCAUUUGCGUUGCUAGGAAACAUCUCUUCAUUGUGGACCCUGUUAAUUUACUUAGACUUAUUUAAAAUUGAUUGUCAACCUUCCAGAAGGCAGACCACCCCCCAAUUUCAUUUUUUAACGGUCAGUAAUUUAUGUGUGCCUACAUUUGUUAUCAUCACCAUUUCUUCAUUCUGACAUUCAUUUUGUUUUGCGUCUGCCAACCAUAAGGUUCCCAACAAAUGAAUUUGACUGCAUAUUUAAAAGGUUUUUAAUAAAUAUACAGAAUAUUCUAGGUGUAAAAUGGGACCAGGUCUUUUCCUGAAAAAAAUAAUAAUAAUAAUACAUUGUUCUGUAAAAGUAUAACAUUGUUGAUUAUUUGAAAAAAAAUUUGAUUGUUUUAUCCUGAAAUUUUAACAAUAUAUUGGUACUUCUACAUGAAAUGAAGUAAUUAUAAUCAAUAUCUUUCAAUUUGUAUAUACACCACAAAAUCAUCUUCAUGUUACCCAGUAUGUACAAAUGUAUUUACAUUAUACAAUAAUUGCAUUGAAUUACAGUACAAUCCAUGAUCGCUUACAUAAAAAUCACUCGUUAUAUUUCUUUGAUGUUUUAAUUUAGUUGUUUUUAAAAUCAUGCACAAAGUGUCAUUUUUAUCAUUCUUUAGGAUAAAAUGAUGUAGGAGAUCUUUUUGUUUGUUUUCAGUUGGAUAAUGCUUAGUAUUGGGUUUUAUUGGUAUAAUUUUUUUUUCUGGAUGCCUUACAACAGUAAUAAUAGAUGUACUAUAAAGAAAUUGAAAAAUUUCUAAACAUGUUGUAAAAUGGUAAAUUUUUGAGAGAUAUUAAAAUUAAUUAUAUAUUAUUAAAAAAAAUCUGCAAAUGAUUAUAAAUCAUACUUGAAGUUAUUUUUUUUAGUCCAUUGUGCAACCAUUUUACCAUUUUUCAAUGGGUGCUAGAGAUAUAAAUGUUCAUCUUUUCACACUUAGGUGCUUUAUGUGCUGUAGUUGAAUUUUUUACACCUAAACAGGGCUUGAAGUAAACUUGCAAAAUUUUAUCCAAAAUAAAUUAUACUUUUUCUUUAUAAAUCAGUUUUUGAAAUGUACCUGAAAUUAAAAUUUCUUCAUCUGUAACAUUUUAAAUAUUAUCUAUUAUGUAAAAAUGGAUGUUGUUACUCUUAUGCUCUAAAGUCGUUUUCUCGAACUUGAAGAAAAUUUUGUUAAAUGAAUCGGUGUUUUCUUUUGCCUGAUGUUAUUAUAGACUCUAAUGUUAAACUAAGAUAUUAAUACGAUAGUGGUCAGGCUUAAGUGAAUGGUGCCUUUAUUUUGAUGAUAUUUAUUUAUCAUUUUAUUAACUUUUAAUUGCAAUCAAGCUUAAGUUAUUUUAUAUAUUUAUUGUUUAAUUCAUAAAAUUUUUAUCUUUUCUCAAAAACUGCCCUCCCCCUUUAAAAAAAAGAUUUUUUUGGAUGCCAAUCAUUUUAUUAAAUAGCUAUUUUGUUAAUGUUUGCCCUUUUUUUUUAAUUAGACAUCAGAUAAGUGAAAAUAUCAUCAGAUAGAAGGCACCAGUACUGCCUAUAUAGCUUUAAACCCUGUUAAAAUAUCGUGCUAUGGGGCCUUAACUUUUUGCAGCACAAAAAUGAGAUAGUGUAAAUAAAUAAAUAAAAUUGCUACUCUGUGUGUAUGACUAGGUUAUACCUUCCUCUCUUUGGUAGAAAAUGCAGCUUUUUGCAUUUAGAGGUCUAGUACCGAGCUAGUGUGUUAAAUAAACCAAAUUUGCUUUAGCCUCUGUACUUAUGCAUGUUUCAUUGUUUGCAAAAAUGGUAAUUCUGUAUGAAAACGGGUGGGAGAUUUGUUCUGUUGAGUACUUAAAAGAAACCUCGUGAUGACUUUAAAAAAUGUUUUCGAAAAGCUGGUGGUUAUUUAUAUUUCUUGUAAUCUGAGGAAAUCAGACUUGGAAAAAAAAUUGACCAAAAUGAAUGAAUAAUAUUGUAAAUAUAUUGAUUUUUUUCAAAUUCUGAAUAGUGAUGUAAUUUUUCUGUUUAAUUUUGGAAAUCUACCUCAGUAAUUAUCAUUGUAAGAUAAUUAUUUUUUAAAAAAUUGCCUAAUUUCCUCAGAAUUAUCAUUUUGUGUGAUUUGUUAAUGAAAUGGAUGUUAAAAAGUAAAAGCAAUUUUAUAUUGUACGGGAAUUCCAAACAGGUCUUUGUAAAAUGAAUUUAUAUUAUGGUUUUGAAGUAAUGGUUUAUCAGGUGAAUCUGAUCAGGUGAUCUAGUAAAAUGUUUCUAUUUAAAUACAAUUGUGAAUAUGUAUAGAUAACCUUAUUUUGUUCAUGUGUCUUACAACUUAGCAAGUUUGCUGUUUAUUGUGAAAGACAUGGAAUGUGAAACUCUCUUGCUUUAAUAUUUUUUCAUUCUUCCUCGAGGCUUUUUAUGAUUAAUGAAUUUGCUUAAAUUUAAUUUCUUUCUGUAAUUUUUUCGUAUUUUUUUUAACUUUUAGGGUCUUAAGAAAUCAAAACUAAAUUUGUAAGAAUUAUAUCAGUAAUUUUCUUUCCUUCAAAAAAAUAAGUAAAAAUUAUUAUUUUUUAUUUACAGAUGCUAUAAUAAACUUUUAUUUUAUUCAUCAAAGUUAAAAUUAAAUUAUUUUAUAUAGCAAAAAUAUAUUUUUAAGUGGAAUAGCACACCAAGUUUACUAUUUUAAAAUCUGAACAAAAUUUAUCUAUUUACUCUUAUCCAAGUAAUUUUCCAAUUUUAAAAGAAAGGUGAAAAAAAUAAUAAUAUUUAAAGAAAUUAGACUUCAAUUUUCUAAGUUUUGAUAUAAUUUUCUCAUUUCUGGACAAAAUCAAAUACAUGUGGCAUUAUAAAUAUAUUUCUCAUUAUAUCAAUUUUCUCAGUGACUUAUAAAUUAAAAUACUUCUUGAUUAGUUUUAUAUUCCAUGUCCAAACAAGUUACAGUGGGGUUUCUGCAUCUAAAGAAAAAAAAUUCAGAAAAAAAAAUCUGAGUUUGGGGAUGGCUAAACACUUAUGGUAUAUUUUUCACUGUGAAACUGGAAUAUAUUUAUUACGUUACCUUUUGGUAGCUAUGAUGUGAUAUUUGUUAAUGGUAAGUGAUGCGCCUUACAAAGACUGUUAUAUGGUGUUGGUUGCUGUUUAUUUGUAAUAUAGCAUUUUUUGUAUAUGUCCUACUAAUGUUACUUUCUGCAUAAAAGAGACUUCCUGCCCCCCUCUUCUCCACACCAGGAUAUUAAGUUCGAUACUCACUUCUUCAAAAUGCUCAUUUAUUGUUGUUUUAAUUUAUGGACUGACAGAUCUAAACGUGUACAUACUCCGAACGAAAGUGUCCUUAACAGAUUUUAUGGAAGUUGAAUUCCACAACGCAAAAGAAAAAAACGCCAGGAAGCAUUGCACUGUGUGAUUCUCCCAGAUUUCUUGUUUCCUUUACGAAGUGGGGGGCUGUAUGGAAGUCGCUUGCUGUACAGUUGUACUGACAAAAGUGUGAGAAGAAGAAGAAAAAAUAAUAAAUGUCCAUCUGAAAACCUUGUUUUGUACUGUCGGUGCAUUCUGGUGGUGCACUUUUUAAGACAAGAAGAACCUAUUUUCCUGUGCUAAUCUGCUUUGUCACAGUUCCAUUCUUUUUACUCGACUGUUUAGCCAUCUGGACUGUACAGAUCACAGGAGCACUGCAAAAUACAGUUAACUACCACCCUGAGUGGACAUAGAUAUGGGAACGUGGGUCCGACGUGAUCCACACAGCAAUGCUUAUUGUACAGAAAUGGAUGGAUCUUACCAUGUCUAUAUUUUUAAAAUUAAAAUUGGUCGAAUUUACUAAAAUCUC